AUGGAUCCUUCAUCUCCAACUAUUAAAAACUUUGAUGCAAUAUCAAGACUCCAAAUGAAAGAGCAAACAAUUGAUGAAAUUUAUGGUAUUCCUGAAAAUUUUCUUGAAAUUGAAGUGCGGAAUCCUCAAACGCAUG